UAAAACCACAUGAAGACCUUCAUGUCCAUAAUUCGUAUAGCAUUUGAAGAGUUACAUAUGUGUGCUGCAACACACAAUCAGGGCUUCUGCCUGUCUCAUAUGAAAAGCACAACAUGUACUUUAUUGCUUGCUCCGGGAUCAGUGCUCUUUGUGUCUUAGGAUUGUACUUAUUUCCAAAAAGUAUUCUCAUUACUAUCAAGCACAUGUUAAAUUUAAAGUUAAAAUUCAUGUUCACCACCCCCGUUUAAAUAAGGAAAGCUUUUAAAAGUGUGACCUAAAAAGACUGUUGUUCUGUGAUGGCCCCGGACGCGUCCACGUGUUGUUAAAUUACCAGAUUUACAGAAAUAGCCCUCUUGUUGUCCCUGUGAUCCUGAAUAAUUUAUUUGAAAGCAUCGCUCCGUUUUGACAUUUGCUCACACCGUCCCCGGGUAAGCACGGACGGGAGCAUGAAUCCCUCAUCAGAGCUACAGAAAGGUCAAGUGAUAUUGAUCUCGCUAUGCAAACGCGCGCUAUAUUGUCGGAAUCAAACCUCCACGGCCGGGAUCAGGUCGAACAUUUCCGGGCCAGUUCAGGUCUCAUUAUCAGAUUCCGCCUUUUAUGACGCUUUUUUCAAACUGAGAUGAGAAACAGCUUUGGAAUUUGCCGGAAAGGCAAGUUUGACCACGUAUAUAAAAAAAUCUUGGUACAAGAUGUGAGUUCAUCCUUUUAUCUUAGGGCAACAAGCGGUGCGUAAAACGCGCGCUCAGGGGUGGGGACUUCUUUGGAGAGGCUGGACUGGAGAGCGCAACAGCACGACUCUCUUCAUCCACAGGUUGCAUCGUGGCUCUCUGCUGCUCUCGAAGCAUCUCUGCAGUACAGACAUAAGAGAAAAGGCGGUGGGGAUGAACUGUUGGGUCGUUCAGGGACGCAUCUGGAACGGUUCGGACUUGGACUGCACUAAGACGCUUAUAGGCAAAAUGCUCGAUCCACAGCCUCGGCCAGCUCAAUUUGCACCAGCCUGAACAAUUGUGCUCCUCUGCGCAGGACUUUUCUGUCGUUAAAUCAUCUUGCAUAUGCGUUUCUCCCGUGGACUGUGCGUUCUAUCCGAGAGCACCAUGCCACAGGUCCCUCUCUACAGCUGCAUCCCGGUGACAACAGAAACAUAAUGGCAUGUAGGAGCGGCUGCUGCUGCGGCUCCGGUCCAAUAAAUGAGGAUAACGCGAGGUUCCUGCUGCUGGCAUUGUUCAUCAUCAUCUACCUCCUGUGUGGGGCCGCCGUCUUCUCCGCGCUGGAGCAGCCAAUGGAACGAGAGGCGAAGGAGCGCUGGGCGCAGAGGUUCGAGCUCUUUAGCCAAAAGUACAACCUGAGUAAAAACGAUCUGAAUAACUUCCUGAGGAGCUACGAGGAGGCGAACGUGGCGGGGAUCCGCGUGGACACUAUCAGACCUCGAUGGGACUUCACUGGCGCCUUUUACUUCGUGGGAACUGUGGUGUCAACCAUUGGGUUUGGGAUGACGACUCCGGCCACCAUCGGAGGAAAAGUCUUUCUGAUGUUCUACGGCCUCCUCGGCUGUGCAGCAACCAUCCUCUUCUUCAACCUCUUCCUGGAGCGUGUCAUCACCGUCAUCGCUGUCGUCCUCAAGUCCUGUCAUGAACGACGCCACAACAAAGCUGUUCUCCCACAAAAUGGCCGACGAGCGUCUGACGGUAACAGAGCAGGUGUGAACGGGGGAGGAAAAGGAGCAGAUCUGGCCGGCUGGAAACCUUCAGUUUACUGCGUCAUGCUCAUUCUAGGAGUGGCAGCCAUCUUGGUUUCCUGUUGUGCCUCGCUCAUGUAUUCCGCAGCCGAGGGAUGGGGCUACCUGGACUCGCUCUACUUCUGCUUUGUGGCCUUCAGCACCAUCGGUUUCGGCGACAUGGUGAGCAGCCAGCGGGUCGUCUACGAGGGCCACGCCACCACUGCAUAUCGUCUUGGCAACUUCCUCUUCAUCCUGACAGGCGUCUGCUGCAUCUACUCCCUCUUCAACGUCAUCUCCAUCGUCAUCAAGCAGGUCCUCAACUGGCUGCUGAGGCGGUUGGAGGCCCCGUGCCGCUGUUGCUUACCCAGAAGGGGCCACCACCCGCACAGGCACCCCCGACGGAAUGUGGUGGCUCCAGGUCACAUGCGCGCCCGUAGAGACCCUUCCAUUGAGACAGACGCCAUUAACGAAAGCGAGACUGACACCGGACGCAGGAUGUCUGGGGAAAUGAUCUCCAUGAGGGACUUUCUAGCAGCCAAUAAGGUGAAUCUGGCUAUUAUGCAGAAGCAGCUGUCUGAGAUGGCCAUUGGGCACCCGCGCCAGUCGGGCUCCAGUUCACACCAGAACGGAUUCUCAGGAGGGGUGGGCGCCCUUGGCAUCAUGAAUAACCGGUUGGCAGAGACCAGCGUGGACAGAUAGGGGGAACAGUGUGAAUCAUUUUUAAAGGGUACAAAAGGCUGGCAGAAUGAGAUGGUGAGGACAAAUUGACACUGAGAACCACCUUCUAGAAAAAAAAGAAGAUCCGGGUGGUGAACAAGACUGAGUGUAUGAAUACAUCAUUCCCAUCUAUGAACAAGCUGACCCCCUAACAAGAACUGCCGUAGAAUAAACCUCUCUGCCCACUUCCCUGACGCUAACAGGCCUACAUGAAAGAUGCAUGAUAGUCUGCUGGAGCGUCACAUCUGGACCAUGCUCAGUGUGCUGAAAUGUGCUCCCCCGUGAGGAAUUCAGUUUCCAUGGUGAUAAAAAAAAAAAACCUGCCUAGAGCUUUUGUAUCGAAGCCUUAAAGACUCAAUGCACUACAUGCUACUUUACACCUUACUGCUUUAUUCAACUUUGACUCAACCACAGUACUUUACAAUACUCUCUACUGCUGUACUCACGUUCAGACUGUAUCUGUAAGUAAUGAGGAGAACAUAGCUUUAAUAAAAUGCUGUUUCUUGGG